CGCUCAGGGCACAUAAGUAAGGUAAGGAACUGCGGACUGAGAGGAACAUCGAUCAGCUUCCCCAAGUGCUCGUCAACAAGAUCACCAUCCCAAGAGUAGAUACCUGCAAGAAGUCUGUCCACUGAAUCUGUGAAUUUACACCUGAGACUUUGAUCUGUUUUCACAGUGUCACUUCGGGGUCACGGAAGGAUGCUGGCUGUGGUCCGUGCACUCGCAGAAACUAUAAACCAUCUUUGAGGAAGGACUCAGUCUACCUGAAGAGUGUGUUGAAAGGAAAAGUAAAACAAAGUCGUGGAACUGCAAGAAGAGGAUGAAAUGGAUGAAGAAAAAGAGAAGAAAACCAUGUCUCAGCCCCAAAGCAAAAUGAAGGACCGGCUGGCCGAACUUCUGGAGGUAACCAAGAACUAUGACCAGCAGUUCCCAGACGGGGACGACGAAUUUGACCCGCCCCAUGAGGACCUCGAGUUCGAGACGGACCACAUCCUGCAGUCCUUGUACCGAAACAUCCAGGACCUUCAGGAUGAAAACCAGCAGCUGAUGACGGACGUGAAGCGGCUGGGGAAGCAGAACGCCCGCUUCCUCACGUCCAUGCGGCGCCUCAGCAGCAUCAAGCGGGACACCAACACGAUCGCCAAGGACAUCAAGGCGCGGGGCGAGAACAUCCACCGCAAGCUGUGCGCGAUGAAGGCACUGAGCGAGGAGGCCGAGGCCCAGCACGGCGCGCACUCGGCGGUGGCGCGCAUCGCGCGCGCGCAGUACAGCGCCCUCAUGCGCACCUUCCAGCGCGCCAUGUACGAGUACAACCAGGCCGAGAUGAAGCAGCGCGACAACUGCAAGAUCCGCAUCCAGCGCCAGCUGGAGAUCAUGGGCAAGGACGUCUCCGGCGACCAGAUCGAGGACAUGUUCGAGCAGGGCAAGUGGGACGUGUUCUCCGAGAACUUGCUGGCCGACGUGAAGGGCGCGCGGGCGGCCCUCAACGAGAUCGAGAGCCGCCACCGCGAGCUGCUGCGGCUGGAGAGCCGCAUCCGCGACGUGCACGAGCUCUUCUUGCAGAUGGCGGUGCUGGUGGAAGAGCAGGCCGACACGCUGAACGUCAUCGAGCUCAACGUGCAGAAGACCGUCGACUACACCGGCCAGGCCAAGGUGCAGGUGCGCAAGGCCAUGCAGCACACGAAGAAAAAGCCCUGCCGGACCGUCUGCUGCUUCUGCUGCCCCUGCCUCAACUAGCAGGUCGGCCCCGGCCACCACACCACACCGCCGACCGAAAUGGCUGGGAAGCACACUGGGGGAGGUUUGGGGGCCCUCUGCACCGGAGUUGCCCCAAUCCUUCUGGACCUCUGUCCUCAGAGGAAGAAAAAAUCUUGAGGUGCGAGAAUUCCAGCCCGGCUUGUGUUUGGGAGGAUGGCUGAUGCCAUCCAGUGUUUCUUCAGUAAAGCAGAUCCCUACUGAAGUUGGGUGAGGUCAUUAUAUGGCACAUGGCACGCUUUUCCUCUUAACGGAAGCCAAAUAAGGAACUGACGUUGCAGCUUACCGUGUAGGCUAAAUGUCCAAGGCACGAACGCUUCCUAAUGAAACUAGGAGGAAGUCGGUUCUGCAUCGGCUGGUGAUGCGGCUGGUGAUGGCAUGAACUCAUUGUCGACACUUAAAAUUCAUUUACCUUAUCCUGAAAGUCCCUUGGUUCUGUCCAGUUUCUCAGGACAUCGAUCUUGGGGAAAACCGUACAUCUUUCAUUUCUGAUUCUUCGUCUGGUUUAUCCUGUGUGGUUCCUGCCUAGAUGUAUAUCUUCUUUCUGUCCACCUUCCCUACUUAUUAAAAUCAUAUUUAACACUCAUUAUUUCCUUAUGUUUUUCACUUUUAAUAUCUCCUGUCAGGAUAUAUUUUGGAUAUUUUUAAGCACUGAGUUUUGAACAGGCACUCAAAUGGAAGUAUGUAUCACUCACAUUUUAUAUAUUUUUCGUAAAUAAUUUAAAACGUAUCUUUUUACUUGAUAAUACAAAUACACAUAAGUAUAUAAAUGUAAAGGACUAAUAUUAAUGCACGUACACAAUGACCAAUUAGUUUAACUUGACUUUUGUAAAUAUGGUCUAUAAAUAUCCAGAGCAGCACUUUUACUGGUCGUUGGUAUUGGUUUGCUUGCUUGAGUUUACCUGACUCCCAUGUCUGUGGUCUAGUUUGUGUCACAAUUUUCUUUUGAACCCCUCUGCGUUGGUUAUGGUGGUAGAGACAGGCAUCAAAGGCUAAAAUGCAUACAGAACUACAGAUAAUAAAACAACAUUCUUGAAACUAUUACUUUUGUUUUACUGCGGACCAUUUCUUUUGUGUACUGAAAUGGAGUAACUUAAAAUAAAAUAAUCUUUUUUUCAAUUUCGUUUAAUAAACAUUACAUUAUAAUAA